CUUCUGGUCAAGAGUGACGCAAGUCUAGAUCGAGAAAUGAAAGACUCCUACACCUUGCGUAUCAUCGCCAGAGACAAAGGGAAUCUGAGUUCGGAGGCCCGGGUGACGAUCUCGAUCGAGGAUGUGAACGACAACGCACCGCGCUUCGUCCAGAUGAUCGUGCACCAACGCGAGGGCGUGGACGUCAUCAAAACGACGUCGGACGGCACCAACAACCUCAACGUCGUCUCUGGCAACUCCACC